UGGCUGUGCUGAGUCAUCAGGGACAUCACUUAACGGUUUUUUGACUGACUUGAUGUGGGGCGAGAAGCAAACGUCAUCAUUGCCUCACAGCAUCAAGACAGACAGACAUCAGUCGUGAACGGGUUGCAGGCGAGCGACCCGCACACGCGUCCUCAAGCCUACAAGAAAGCUUCGCCAUAGCAUGGCGAGACAUCUUUGUAGGUGUUGUGGACGCAUACGCCAGCCACGCUCCCGACGCAGCACGUCAACUUCUCUCGCACACCAACAAGGAAAAAAACUGCGCAAGCAAGCCAAUCUAUUCACAGCGCGGCGUUGACCUCCACACACGAAUCAAUCCGCCCCAUCAAUUCAUUGCUCCCUCAUUGCAGCCUGGCUAUCUUGGGGUUCCCCGUCGCCCCGCCCAUUCUCAGCCCCAACACUUGCUCCCCGCCCCCCACUCUGUCACACUCCCUCCCCUCUCCCUUUGCCCCAUCAGCAGUGCCUAGUGCCGGGCACUGCAGCAGCCUGGCGGCCUCCUGGAUGUGGUGCGUCAGGAUCGCAGUAGCAGGGGCACCCUCGGCAUCGUCGCUGCUCUUGGCGUCGUCGGCCGCAGCAGCGGAGGAUGGGGCGGCGGAGGCCUUCUUGUCCGUCGUCUGCCGCUGUGCGAGUGUCUUGGCGCCUUUGAUGACCUCGGCGAUGAACAUCUUGGUCGCGCCACUCAUCAACAGAACGAACCGGUCCGCACUGAACAGACAGGGAGGUGUGACCAAUCCAUCCCUUUUCCGCUUGUGCGAGCGUGGGUCUGACCUUUCUCGUUCGAGCGGUCGUUUGUUGAGUUUGGCCGUUACGAUUUCCUUGACGAUGGAGCUGGGGAAGCUGCUGUUGAGCACGGCAUGCUCACAUGUGCCGAUCUCGUCCCCCUCGCCCUCGGCUGCCUCAUCCGCCUCCGACGCGUCUGCAUCUCCGUCGCCGGAGCGGUCAUCGCCGGAAUCCCUAUCCUUCGCCGCAAUGUCAUCCUCUGCAAUCGCAAUGUACAUCGGCGGAGCGCCGGACGUCAUGGUGAAUGGAUGCGGUUGCGGGAGAUCUUCGUUGCCACUUGUUCCACAAUGAAUAUGC